AUGCUUUCUGCGAACGGCAAACCCUCGACGACAACGUCAAAUGGACUCACCUCCAACCUCUACGGUGGAUAUACUGCUGUCCAACCACAACAUCAUACCGGCCCUAGAGCAUAUAUGCGCAAUCACAAUAUGAAUCCGGACAGUUCCCUGCAACAUAUUUGGAUAGUCACGGGGCCAGCAGGGUCCGGCAAGACGACUGUUGCAAAGAAUCUUCAGGCUGAGAUGGGAUUGCCCUUUUUGGAAGGCGACGAUUUCCACCCUCUAUCCAACAAGGAGAAGAUGGCCAACGGCAUCCCCCUCACAGACGCGGAUCGCUGGGACUGGCUCAUAUCCCUCCGCGACGCUGCCAUCGACAUCCUCUCUAAACCCGCGGCCAACACCGCUCCUCCCAAAGGUGUAAUAAUGUCCUGCUCCGCCCUCAAACUCAAAUAUCGCGACGUCAUCCGCGUUGCUGAAUACUACAACCCUUCCCUCCGAAUUCAUUUUAUUUACCUCAAAGCGGACGAAAAGACGCUUAUGGACCGCGUCAACGGGAGGGCCAGUCAUUAUAUGAAGGGGAAUAUGGUGCAUUCGCAAUUCGAGGCGUUGGAGGAUCCGUCGGAUGAAGUUGAUGUGCUUGCUGUGGAUGUCUCGGUGCCUCCCGAUGUGGUACAGAGGAAUGUGUCGGAGGUUGUGAAGAAGAAGCUUGCGGAGUAUAACUAA